AUGAAUUCUAAUGAUAAUACCAAAGAACAAUUAAAAGACUUGAUAAAUCAAGUAUCAAUAUUAUAUUCUUCAAAAAAUAUUGCUGCACAUUAUCUUGAUUAUUUUAAGCGAAAAGCUAAAGUUACGAAACUUGUUGACGCUCCUGAACCAGUAAAAAAAGUUGAAAAAGCAUGUAUUAGCCUGGGAAUUCGUAAUAUAUCUAGAUUUUAUCAUGUAGAAUCAGAUUAUUAUAAUUGGGAUCUUCAAAGAAGAGCAUUUCGUUUAAUUUCCCCUUCAAUAAAUCAUCUGUGUAAGAGUGUUAUUUUUGAAAAUACUCGAUCUUCUCAUGAUUCUAUCGAUGAUCCAUUAAAUUCAAAGUAUUAUUGUGUUAUCAUUCAGUAUGUUGGAUCUAUAAAUACACAAAGACUUAUGAACUUCGUGAGAACUUUGAAAAAUAAACAAAUAAGCAAAAAGAAUUAUAAUUUUCGAGUCACUGAUAGAGAAAAAUCCGUACGAUUGACAGGCUUUGAAAAUAAUGGAGUUUCCCCUAUCGGAAUGACGUUUCAAAUUCCAAUAAUAUUAUCUAGUGCUAUAACAGAAUUACAACCACCAGUCUUUUAUCUUGGCGCUGGCCAUGUUGAUUGGAAAUUAGCUUUACCAGUGCACGAUUUUAUGUUGGCAACGAAUUGUUUUAUAGCUAAUUUAUCGUAA